AUGGCUAUUCCGGUCACACCUCCCUCGAUCUUGGACGUCAGACUUGAAUUCCUGAACUUCUCCACUCAUACGGGCUCCGCUAGCAGAAUUCUGAUCAUGCCAGGCAAUACUAGCAUGUAUGCGUCAAAUUCGGCAUCUCAGUGGGGUUCUCCCACUGCCCCAGGAAAGCUCUGCUCAUUCAUGGGCUUCACAGGCUUUUUUGUCGUGGCUCCAAAUCUCCUUGGGCAUGCAUGGAGACGGGGCACCGACUACCGCGUGUCCACCCUUGUAGAGGACCUCCAACCAUACUUCAUCAAUGACACGACCUACGAUGUGGUUGCAGGUCAUUCUCUUGGAGGCAUAGUGGCUCUUUCGCUCUUGCAAUUCUUGCCUAAAACGAAACAAGCCACUGUCAUACUCCUCGAUCCCCCCCUCGAGAUCGAGGGGACGACCGAAAUGUAUAAAAGUUGGUUUCUGAAUGAAGUUGCAAAUGUCAAAACCACCGAGGAGCUGGUUGAUGAUCUUGGUUGGUCACAACGUGACUACGUGUUACACGCACUAGGAGUUUCAAUGUGCAACAGCACCACUAUCGAGGGAAUCUUCUCGGUAAUAUUGCAAUUAUGGACAUGGCGAAUGUUGCUGACACUUCUGCCGUUGUUGUGA